AUGUCGUCAAAUUCCAAGCUCAAACUGUUCUUCUUCUUCUCCUCCUUCUCUCUCCUCUCUCUCUCUUGUUCAUCUCAACUUCUCUCUACAAACACCACACCAACAGUAUACGAAAUCCUCGAAAAAUUCGGCCUCCCAAGCGGGCUCUUGCCAGAUUCAGUCACUUCCUACACACUCUCAGACGACGGCAAAUUUGUAGUCAACCUGAAGAAAGCGUGCUACAUACAGUUUGAUUAUUUGGUUUAUUAUGAGAAAAAGAUUACUGGGAAGCUGAGCGUAGGGUCAAUCUCUAAUUUGAAGGGCAUUCAGGUUAAGAGAUUCUUCUUAUGGUUUGAUGUUGACAAGAUCAAGGUUGACUCGCCGCCUUCUGAUAGUAUUUACUUCACUGUUGGGAUUAUUAAUAAGGAACUUGAUGUGGAUCAGUUCUUGACUGUUCGUUCUUGCAAAGAUAAGGCUUUAUCUGCUCUGCCUUGCGGCGGCGGCGCUGAUGGUAGUGGUCGGCAGUCUUUGAAGAAGAUUUUUCAGCUUCCAACUCCUGUGGAUGAUAUCCCAAUGCUUAUCACGGAAUAG